GGACCGAUGAGGAGAGAUGUCAAGUGAGAACCACGGAACAGUGAAGGGGGACACUGCUUUGGUGAUGUCUCCAACAGGCUCUGCCACACAGGGGUCUCCGGUCUCACCUUCAACUAGCAAGCCCAUGCGAGAGUUGCCAGACGAGCUCGUCCAGGCCGGCUGGUCGAAAUGCUGGAGCAAGCGGGAGAAUCGGCCCUACUGGUUCAACCGCUUCACCAAUCAGUCGAUGUGGGAGAUGCCAGUCCUGGGGCAGCAUGAUGUCAUUUCCGACCCGCUGGGUUUGAAUGCUGCCUCGGUGGAGGGGGCAGGUGACGCCGGCGUGGGCAACGGGCAGCGCAAGAGACGCCUGUCGGAGGAGGCCGCCCAGGGUGGUCUUAACAGCUUCAAGAGGCCCAAGAUUGAGAUUGGUAUACCUGUAACCCCAACAACCCCCACAGUGCCCAUCUCACCCGUUACCCCCAGGGCAAAGCCGUGGAACUCUACCACUGGCACAGAGAACAAGCCAGGUCAGCCGGCAUCGGCCCUAUACCGUCCCACCAUAAUAUACUGGGACCUGGACAUUCAGACUAACGCAGUGAUCAGAGAGCGAGCCCCCGCCAACCAUCUACCUCCCCACCCGGAGAUUGAGCUCCAACGCGCCCAGCUCACCACCAAGCUACGACAGCACUACCAAGAGCUCUGCUACCAACGAGAAGGUAUCGAGCCCCCACGGGAGUCUUUCAACCGCUGGCUGCUGGAGCGCAAGGUGCUGGACAAAGGGCCUGACCCCCUACUGCCCAGCGAUUGUGACCCCAUCAUCUCCCGGUCCAUGUUCAGAGAGGUCAUGAACGACAUACCCAUCAGGUUGUCCCACAUCAAGUACAAAGAGGAGGCCCGAAAGCUCUUAUUCAAAUACGCUGAAGCUGCCAAGAAAAUGAUUGACUCGAGAAACGCCACACCAGACAGCCGGAAGGUUGUGAAAUGGAAUGCGGAGGACACCAUGAACUGGCUACGGAGAGACCACUCAGCCAGUAAAGAAGACUACAUGGAUCGUCUGGAGCACUUGCGGAAACAGUGUGGUCCCCAUGUAACGGCAGUAGCCAAAGACUCCGUGGAGGGAAUUUGUACAAAGAUCUACCACAUCUCAGUAGAGUAUGUGCGACGUAUUCGCCAGGCCCACCAGACCCUGCUGAAGGACUGUAACAUCACGGACCCAGAGGCAGCCAAGGUGCAGGACAGGCUGGUAUACUGCUACCCCGUCCGGCUGGCCCUGCCCUCACCAAACCAGCCCCGCGUUGAGCUGCACUUUGAGAAUGACAUCUCCUGCCUACGCUACAAGGGAGAGAUGGUCAAGGUCAACCGCGGCUACUUCGCCAAGCUGGAGCUCUUAUACCGAUACAGCUGCAUCGAUGAUCCCAGGUUCGAAAAGUUCCUGUCACGAAUAUGGUGCCUUAUCAAGAGAUACCAGGUGAUGUUUGGCGCUGGGGUGAAUGAGGGGAUGGGCUUACAGGGGGCCCUCCCUGUGCCUGUCUUCGAGGUACUCAACAAACAGUUUGGGGUGAGCUUUGAGUGUUUCGCCUCGCCGCUCAACUCCUACUUCAAGCAGUUCUGCUCGGCUUUCCCUGACACCGACGGCUUCUUUGGGUCCAGGGGGCCCUUCCUGAACUUCUCACCGGCUAGUGGCUCCUUCGAGGCCAACCCUCCCUUCUGUGAGGAGCUGAUGGAUGCCAUGGUGACACACUUUGAGGAACUACUGGAGAAGUCCAGUGAGCCCCUGUCCUUCAUCAUCUUUGUCCCGGAGUGGCGAGAUCCGCUGACCCCGGCCCUCAACCGCAUGGAGACCAGCGCCUUCCUCCGCCAUCAUAUGUCGGUGCCCGCCUUUGAGCACGAGUACCGCAGCGGCUCGCAGCACAUCUGCAAGAAGGAGGAGAUGUACUACAAGGCAGUUCACGGCACGGUGAUCAUCUUCCUGCAAAAUGACGCCGGCUUCACUAAGUGGGAGCCCACGCCGGAGCGCAUCCAGGAGCUGCUGGCAGCCUAUCAGGUCUCCCAGCGAACAUUCGGCUCCCCAGUUCCCUCCUCCACCUCCUCUGCGCCCACUAUGCCCUCCCCAGCCAGUGCAGGGUUGUCGGGCAACAAAGACUCUACUGCCGCCAAGACGGGACUUGAGCGAUCGGCCAGUUUGGACACAUCACCCGCUAGCCAGGAAAACAGCAGUAGUUCUUGUAGUCCUCUGGAAAAUACUACACCACCUUCCGAGGCAGCCAGCCUUUAAAAGCAAGGGAGGGGACAUGGGUGAGAGUAAGGUGCGUUUUGGGGAUGGGGACCCUACAACUGGUGCUGAGAGAGUGUGGGGUGAGGAUUUGGCCCUGGACUACUCAGGGGCUUGGGUAGCCUACGAAGGAGGGCCUCUCCCCCAAAAUAGGUUUACUUUCUCUGCCUCGACUAUUUAAUAUUAGUUCUAGGUUUUUAUGAUUCUGGUCGUUAUUUACUAUAGUAUCUCUCGUUGCUUUUUAUCAAUAUAGCUAGUGGUAGCGGUUUACUAGGAUUUAUUUUUCCAUCAUUGUUGCUGUCAUUGUCAGUAAUUAUUGGGUAAUUCUAUACCUUGUUCAUUGGCCUUUUGCCGCAGUGUGCGUACAAAAUGGGACCCUGAGAAUAGGGUGCCAUUUGGGACAUACAUUGUGAUCUGCUCCCGGACAGCAGGAUUUCGUUGUCGGUUUUGACGUGUGGAUUUAAAAAGUGGGUCCUUGGAAAAUAUUUGUUUUGUUUGUCCAAAAUCCUCUCUAUCCCUUAAUAGGUACAGAAGGGAGAUGUGUCAUUGGGUGAUAAGGCAGCUAUGUUUCUAACCCCCUUAAGCCUACAAAUAAUUUAGAGGCAAUCAUUGUACAUAGGACAGCCAUCAGUAAGUUAGAGCAGGGUUUGCCAAGCUAGGUUUUUGCCCUAGCAGUACACAGUGAUUCAAAUAACCAAAGCAUGAUGAGGAGUUGGAUGUUUUAAAUCAGCUGUGUAGUGCUAGGGGGAAAACUAAAAUGGGCACCCAGGGGGGCCCCAGGAUCGAGUUUGGGAAACCCUCAGGGUUACACCAUUUCCAUAUCUGCAGUUAGAGGAAUUUUGUAAAAAGUUAAUAAAUACAAAAAUCAAUAAAUGCAAAUACAGGCCAUUAAUACAUCUUACAAUGGCAAAAUGUUGUAAACCAUUGGUAAGCGUUGGCUCGAGCAACAGCUGAAUUACUAUGCCCUGCGCUGUGUUUGUUGACCUGGAUUGUUGAGCAAAAUACAGUACGUGCCUUUGCUUAUAACCCUAUCCACGUCUCUAAAAUAUGGUAAAGUACUAAAUGUAAUAAUACCUGAUGUAAAUUAUACCCUCGUUAAACAUAUUCUGUGAUUGUGUUCAACCUGGUUGCAUUAUUUUCACAUUGUAGUGCGUGGUAUGGCAUGGAAACAUAAAAUAGUUAUGUUGUUUUUAACCCCUCCGAACUAAAUUUUUAUAUGUUUACACCAGUAUGACAUUAGAACGCAUCACUGGGCAGCACAAUGAAUGUACAUUUUUAAAUGACAAAACGGAAGGUCUCGGAUGCGUCCCACAUGGCACUAUCUUCCCUAUGUAGUGCACUACUUUUGACUAGGGCUUAUAGGGCUCUGGUCAAAAGUAGUGCACUAUAUAGGGAAUACGAUGCCAUUAGGGAUGCAUCCAAAGCGAUGCCAUUAGGGAUGCAGCUAAAGCGACUCACCUCGGCCUCAGUCAUCUAGCCGAGAGAAUAAAUGGAGAAAUAAACGAGAAGAUACAAAUGUUUAUUAUACAAUUCGUCAUUAUAUGACUAAUUGUCUCUGUCCUUGUAAACUAUGAUCCUCACGCACUACUAUGCCAUCUCAGCAUAUAUUCUUAUCUAUAGCCUGAAUGCUUGUACAAUGGGUUUAGGCAUAAGUUUCUUACUAGAAAUCUUCACUUGCCUUUGCCCCAUUUGUAUGUACUUAGGAUUUUGGUUUUUAUAGAGAAUUAAUUAGGCAUAGUGCUGGAGGUUAAGGCAAGGUUCUGUUUAUGCUGUUGCAAAUGUAUGAUAGUUGUCUUGCUCUUUGAACAUAAUACUUACUACAGUAAGUCUGGCAUCGUGCCCAAGAACCUGGAGACAAACUAGCCAUUCAUUCUUUGUCAUUUGAGCGUCGAGCACCAGUCACAUACCCUCAUCCUAGUAUGUUUCUGUCACCAGCAAAACAAAGUGUAGAUAUUGUAGAGAAAAUUGGUAUGAAGUAUGUUAUUUUUCUCUGCUACACAAUUGUAUUGAACUCUGAUAGCAAAAAUAAUAAUUGUGCUGUCUGUUUAUCCCUAAUUUUUUAAUUUGAGUUAAUUUAACAUAAUUUAAGAAAUCUGUUUGUAUUUUACAGUUUAUUACAUAUAAAUUGUUUUAAACUAAACCAAAGUGUUAUUAAAAGAAAUAUAUAUAUAUUGUAUGUAAAAGUAGACGUGUCUAUGAUUGCAUUAUUAAUGCUUAAGGUGUAAACAGCAAAAUUACUAGUUUUAUUUUUAUAAUUCUCUUUUUUUGUUCUGGUAAGAGCAUAUUUUAUGUUUGGAAUUGAUUUUGCAUGACAUUUCUGACACCUUAAAUCAUAAGAAAUAUAUUUGUAUUCUUUAAUCCGUUCAUAGACUUUUUACAUAAAGGAUGAGUAUGAAUACAUUAAUUUAUCCCUAUCGGUUUACUCUUAUGGUCAUUUAUUGUCUGUAGAGCAUCUUAAUACAUAAAUGUUUUUCUCAAUGUGAUUCUUAUGGGAAAGAAUCAGGAGAAUGUAAAUGCUGAAUUCAUUAUUUUUCCUAGUUCCCUCUGAGUAAAUGAUCAAUGUUGUGACAUGAUCUCCAUUGGAACCAGCAUAGAGAUGCGCCGAAUCACAUUUGCUCCCAGUAAAAUGUGUCAAACCAUGUAUGUUACUUGGAUUUCUAAUAAACUAGAACACCGUAGUAAAUUUU